AGGCCAUAUAACCGCGCAGUGUUUUACAACGUGGGACGGGGUUGUGCUGCUCAUUCACCAUGGUGAAGAAGGCAAAGAAGAUUUCUGCACCACCUGCAUCUGUUCCUAAAGUCAACGGAAAGGCAGAUAUGUCUCCUAAGGCUAAAGGGACGCCGAAAAGGAAAGCAAAGGAAGGAAAGCGCCUUACAAGGGUUCUGCUGGUGAAACAUCUCGUUGUAUUGAGGAAAAGGGUGAAGCAAGCAAAGGUCAAUGUGGUUAGUAAGCUGACAAAACAUGCUGCUCUGCUAGAAAAGAAGAAAGGCGACGAAAAGCAGCUUGAGAAAAACGCACGUAAACUGAAGCGCCUGAAGGAGGAAAUUCAAUUAUUGAAGAAAUUGAAGAAGGAUGAAGUAGCCAGAUAUGGUGUUGCGGAAACAAAGGAUCUGGAGAGUGUUAUCAAUAAUGCUAAUACGCCAAUCGACGUCAGAGCAAAGGCGCGUGUCGCGAUGUUUCCGGCUUUCCAGGAGAAGCUGCAGAAAUUCAGACAGCGGCACCCCACUUGGGAGAAAGACGUGCCCAGACUUCUGCUGAAGAUAAAGCCGUACAAGCCCAAGUCGGGCGGCGGCUCGGGAGGCGACAGCGCCGGAGAGUCAAAUGAUUCGGGCGAUGACGGGGGAGGCGAUGAAUCGGACGAGGAGAAUGAAAGCGAUGCUGAUGACGAGGUGAUAUCGCCCGCUAAAGUGAAGUCUGCCGCCACACCGUCCAAAAAGACAACCGCGAAGAAACCGAACAAGCAGACAGUUGUUGAAGCUGACGAAAGCGAUGACGAAGACGAUGAUCUGGAUGAACAGGAGGAAGAGUCAGACAGUGAAGGAGAACCAGAGUUAUUGGACAGAAUGGCUGAGGAAGGGGAAGAAGACGAAUCUGACGGCGAAGACGAGGCAGAUGGAUUAGCCGAAGAGAGCGGAGAUGAGGGUGAAGAAGAGAGCGGAGAAGAGGGUGAAGAAGAGAGAGGAGAGGAGGAUGAAGUAGAUAGCGACGACGACGGGGACGCAGAGACUUCGAAUAUCGUGGCUAAUGGUACUGCCGACUCGGACGAAAUGGAUGAAAAUGAGAAGUUGAUGAAUGAACACGAUUUGGGUGAAAAUGGCGACGUAAGUUCCGAUGAGGACGAAUAUGACUCUCGGGACGAAGACGACGAGCCAGACACGGACGACGUCGACGCACACAUCGCCGCCAGACACGGCGGGCUGGUCUCCAUGGAGUCCGACGAUGGCGAGUCGGAAGGUGAGGACGGCGAAGGCGAAGAGGAGGAUGAAGAUGAGAGCAUGUCUGAGGAGGAGGAGGCGGCCCCUGUGGCAGCGAAGGGAGCCAAGAGACCACUGAAUGGCAAAAAGGAAGACAUUAGCAAGAGCAAGGGUCAGAUGAAGAUAAAGCGUAUCAAGUUGGAUGAAGUGGCCGAGGACAAGGAUAUCAGUCUAGACGAAGACGACGACGACGACGAGUCGGACGAUGAGCCGACGGCCAACUCGAAGCGCUCGUCGUUCUUCAUGGGAGGCGUCGACGAUGAGGAUGAGGAGGAUGAGGAAGCCGACGAGGACGGCGAUGACGAUGACGGAGACGCCGGCGACGACGUGCUGAUGCAGGGCCGCCGGCGGAUGGUGGAGCGGCAGCAGCUGCGCGCCAGCGCGGCCGGCGAGCGCGUGCCGCGCGGCAAGUGGAGGGGAGCCGAGCGCGGCCACCGCGGACGCUUCCAGGGCAGGGGCGGCGGCGGCGCGAUGUCGGCAGGGCCUCGGGCAGACCGGUCAGACGACUCGGCCGAGGAGGGCGACAAGCCCAAGGGCAAGCUGCUCCGGCCCGGGUACCUGGACGGAAACGCCAGCGACUCGGGCGACGACGCCGGGGCCGGACCGCCGCGGGGCCGGGGCAGGGGGCGCGGCGGCGACAGGGGCCGCUUCAGGGGCCGCGGCCGGGGAGGGUUCGACCGCGGCGGCAGGGGCGGCUUCAGGGGAGGUCGUGGCGGGUUCGACCGCGGCGGCAGGGGCGGGCUUUGA